CUUCAUUCACCAUGUCAAAGUACAGCGAUCUCGAGAUUAAGCAGGCCAUAACUGCUGAAGACAAACAAAAGUGUAUUGAUAUUCGAGUUCGAGUAUUUGUUGACGAGCAAAAAUAUACUUUGGAGUCAGAAACCAACGAUGAAUAUGAUGCUACUUGUGACCACUAUCUUGCAACAUGUCUAGCCACUAAAGACGACGGAACAACCGUUCGAGUACCUGUUGGAACUCUCAGAUACAUUGCCUAUGGAGACUUUGUUGCCAAACUGGGUCGGUUAGCUGUCCAUUCAGACGCCCGUGGGUUGAAGGUUGGCUUAAGACUAGUCCAGCAUUUUGUAGAAGUGGCUCGCGCAAAGGGCGAUAGGGCAAUUGUAUUGCAUGGUCAACAGGACAAGCGCGGUUUCUACGAAAAGGCUGGGUUCUCGGUUGAUGCUUGUGAUGAAGCAGGUUUCUUGGAGGAUGGAACACCUCAUAUUAGAAUGUGGUAUCGUUUUUAAAAAAGAACCAAAUUGAUAUAAUUUCCCUUGUGUUUCUCUCUCUCUCUCAACUUCUAUAUUGUAUCCUCUUUAUAUCUCUAUAUAUCCUUACCGUAACCAAUUCACUUACAUACACAUGCGCGCAAUUAAAGCAGAGUAAUCUCAAUCCCAAUAAU